AUGUCGAUCUCUAGGGACCAGAGCAUAAGAACAGAUCUUGAGAAGCUCUACAGGCAAAUUAGCACUCGAUUCUCUCUUCUCAACUUCUUCUUCGAUGAUCCCUUAAGCAGUACCGACAUGGAAAACCCUAAGUGGAAAGACGAAGGGGAAGAGUGCAAACGCUUGUCGGAUAGAUUUGAGAUGUGGGCUAGGACAUACAGACUUGGGGCGGCCGGCCAACUUGGCACCGAGCAUCCCAAUUGGUCAACUAAGACGCCGUUCGCAGUCCCUGAUCUCACGAGCUUGUCAUGGAAGGAUGACCCGGACCGGCCAAGCGAGAACUGCUCGGACUCGUCAAGUGAUGACGGCAAGCAGCGUCGGCCCAGCAGAGUCAUUCCUGACGAGAAACGAACCGAAGAUGAUAUCAAGGAGCAGUACGAACGACUGCUCUUGAAGAUCGCUCAUCAGCUUUACGAAGUCGAAAGAUUCAAUUUCGGACGGGGGGACGACGUGCAAGCCUUGUACACAGCCCAUUUAGAUGCAGAAGGACAGAUAGAUCAAGAAGAAAAGGAUCCAAAUAGGGAGGUGUACAAGCCGUUGUACAAAGGGGAGAACGAUAUGACGAUAGUUAACAAGCUAUUUAACAGCAUCCGAGAAACGCCUGUAGUGGCUCCUCCCAGGCCUGACUGGGAAAGCCACCUCAAGGAGCUUGUGCCAGAUACGGCAUCUACGGUCACAGACGGGCCCCGCUAG